CUCUACAGGGCUUCAGGUGCCUUCUUCCCCUCUCUCCACUUGGCCAGUGUGCAUUGUUUCCCACCGAAGGAAACAAAUCAGUAGCAGAAGAAGGGACUCUCCAUCGACGCAGUACCAUGCACAAAAUAAAAAAAGGAAUCAAGAAGAAGAUCAAAGGAAAAAAAGGCAAGGAUGAUGAAUUAUUUACUCCAGAAGAAUUAGAGAGAUACAAAAAGGAGAAGGAAGAACAAGCAAGACGUGAGGCAGAAAAACAACUCGAACAGGAAGGUGGACAGGAGACGUGUGAAGAGCAGCAGGAGGACAAAACAGACGCUUCUGAAGAAGGCGGUGCAGCAUCGUCGUCUGAAGCCCCUGCUGCGCCCUCAUCGGCGGGGGAAGGAGACUGGAGGAAUUUCCUUGCUGCGACUGACACAGUUCUUAAGAAGACCACAGACAACCUUGUUCACAUCAAGGAAGGAAGUACCGUUGUUCAUAAGGAUAAGCCAACCACACCAGUUCCCUCUGAAGCUCCUGCAGCCGCUCCAGCAGCCACUGCCGCUGCCGCCUCAACAGCUUCAAGUAAAAAGUGGGUGGACCUAGAGAAAGGUGGGAUCGAUGAUGAGCAACCGGUAGACGCAGAGGAACCACAGCCUGAACCCGAGCCUGAGCCUGAGCCCGAACCUGCUCCACUACACUUCAUAGAGGACUUCCCUGAAGUAGAUGUAGACGAUUUCACAGAAGUCUUCGACACUACAUACGUAGACAAUGUUGAGAGUGGAGAAGUAAAGCUUCACUACAUCCCUGACAGCCCCACCGAAACCGAUCCCAACGAACCUGACCCAUUUGAUACCUCAGUGGUUGACAAGGUCCUUCACGUUGAAGAAGAAAAACCCAAAGUACGAGAGGACAAGAAAACAGAGAAAAAGAAAAAGAAACAAUUAGUAAGUCUUGGCUGUGCGGUCGAAGUUCUAACCGGACACGCCCCCGUUGACAAGCCCACAGUCACACCGCCAGCCAGCUCCAAGCGCCGUCGAGUUGUACCUAAGGAAAAGAAUUUACUGUGUGACUUUGGUGAAGACAGUGAUCAGAGUGGAGUGACUGGAGGGGAGUCUGGUGAUCAAAAUAACGAGAAGACUGAGGAAACUGAAGAGUCUAAAGAAACCAAUAUACUUGAUGAGAUCUUGUGCGUAGGUGAUCUAGCAGUAGACCUUCCUGAACCAGGUACUAUCAUCUGUCCUUCACCUCGGGCACUUUCGCCAGCACCAAACACAGAAGAAGACAAGGGAACUUCCUCCGUAAUUUUCAAUAAUGGCUGUGAAAGUAAGGAAGUUGAUCUGAGCGAAUUUCUUGAUUCUUCAGGGGAAGAACAAGAGAACAACAAGGACAGUGGAAAAGACCUUGAUCUGAAAGAUCUUGUGGCAGAAUUUGAUAUUAUCGACAAAUCUGAAGUAGUUAAUGAAACUUUGGUGCCCGCUGAGCCGGACCCUAUCGAAGACGAAUUCGACGCUGAGUUUGCUUUCUUGGCAGCAGAGUCUGUGGCCAAAGCAAAAGAGAAGGAACUCGAAGAACUAGAGGACGACCCAUUCGAUACCUCUGUCGCAGCUCAGGUGCUCGGGGAGGACGAAACAGAUCUUACACAGACUGACGGAGAGGGGAAGCCAAGCAAGGUUCCGCCUCGGCGACCCACUCCCCCGAAAGGUACAGCUGAGUCUGGUGAAGAAUUUGAUCCUUUUGACACUUCUAUUGUUGAAAAAAAUCUUCCAGUAGACCCAUUUUCUCUAGCAGACGCAGAGGUUGAGCUUCCAGAGACUUUGCUACCGCAGCAAGGAACUGAACUGAAAAAGUCCGACAGUUUUGAUCCUUUUGAUACUUCCAUCGCUGAAAGCUUCGGUAAAACUGAACUGAAGGUUUUAGAAACAGAAUUUCUUUCUACCUCUGAUGCUCAGCCUGGUUCGGGCUUAAAAAAGAGUGAUUCUGACUUUGAUUUCGACCCGAGAGCUGAAGAAGCUGUUACGAGUGCCACAACUGAGUGCUUAUUGACAGGUGCUGACGACGACAACGACCCUAAGGCUCCCGUCCUCGCCCCGACUCAGGAUACACAGGUCGAGGACUUUGACCCAUUCGAUACAUCCAUCGCUGCCAAGGUUGAAAUAAAGACUUUAGAGGAAGAACUUCUCAAUCAGCCGGAUCAAAUCCAACAAAUUGGAGAAAAAGCUGCAGAAACUAAAAAGCCACCGCCGCCUCGUCCCUCAGCUGCUCAGGCUCAUCUGCUAGCAACCACCCCGACUGACGCCAACCCAACUCUCCAGCCGUCUGUAGCGGGAGGAAUAACCCCAGAAUCAGACGAUUUUGAUCCUUUUGACACAUCUAUUGCAGAUAAAUUUGGGCGAACAGAGCUCAAGUCGAUUGAAGGCGAGUUGUUAACUGAUCAGUUAGAAACAAACCAAACCACAGAGGUCAGUGUUAAACCCAAGGCAAAGGAGCUUCAGCUGCCGAUCAAACCACUGCGCCCACCCUCUCCAAAGUGUCUCUUGACUACCACACCCUUAGACGAACAGCCCGUUGUUCCACUUCAGCCUCAAGUUGGGACAGCUACUGACUUUCAGGAAAACCUUCCUGACGACUUCGACCCCUUUGAUACUUCCAUCGCUGAUCAGUUUGGAAAAACAGAAUUAAAGGUUCUCGAGAGCCAACUCCUCGUAUCUCAGCAACAGACAAACGACCAGGACUUCGACCCACGUGACAGUAAAAAGCCACCUCCUCGUCCUGGUCUUCCUUCGCAUCCAUCCUCUCGUGCGCCUUCAAGACCACCCUCUCGACCACCGUCUCGUCCACCCUCUCGGCCCCCGUCACCAGCCCCUGCCAAGUGUUUGCUGACUGCCUCACCAGCUAGAACGCCUGUAAGCGGCGAGGUCCUAUUGCCAUUCAAUCCCUUACCCACAGAUACAAACGAAGAACUUGAUCCUUUUGAUACAUCCAUCGCUGAAAAGUUUGGGAAAACAGAGCUUCGUCAUCUGGAAACCGAGCUGCUGACUCCGGGGGAUUUUGAAGACUUUGAUCCCCGUAGAGAAGACUCUCCUCGACCUCCAGCCUCCCCAAAACCACCUCGGCCUGGGAGGCCAACCCAGCCAGACCCGUGUCUCUUGGCCACCACACCAACCGACGGAAACUCUUCUUUACAACCCUGCCUAAACCCAGUAGCUCAGCCCCUUGAGGGAACUGUGCCUGAGGACAUCGAUCCCUUUGACACUUCUAUUGCAAACAAACUUUGCAAAACUGAGAUAAAAGACCUUGAAGAGUCACUCUUUACAAGAAAUUCUCAAAGAGUUGGCGAAGAAAAGGCCGUAUCUCCAGCAGCACCUGAGUGUGCUUCGGUAGAUCGCUUCUUCUCUUCAUCACCCACUCCGGAUCUCGGCCCAACCCUCUUGCCUGUCUCGGGCAAGCCAAUAAAAACAUCAGAAGAAUUUGAUCCAUUUGACACAUCAAUUGCAGAAAAAUUCGGUAAAACUGAGCUGAAGACACUCGAGAGUGAGUUUCUUUCAGAUUCUGGAACAAAGAGGAAUUUGAGUGACGACGAGUUUGACCCUCGGGAGGAGGAAAACAAAACACCCAAGAGGCCCCAACCACCACGGCCACAGUCGCCUGCUCCAGUUAAUCUCUUGGACUCUGCGGACGAUCUCGACAUCCCUCAUCCUCCUAUUCAGGCAAUUCAACCCCAACCAGCAACACAGAACGCUGACGAUUACGAUCCAUUUGACACUUCCAUAGCUGCGGACAUCGGCCCAGGUAAAGCUGAACUUAAAUACCUUGAAAGUGAACUUUUGAGUUCUGCUCAGGACCCAUUUGAUACUUCUAACGUCGCUUAA